CAGCACAUUUAAAGGUGUUGGUCCUGACAUUUAAGCUGUGGCGUCACCUCUGCAGGUCCUUGUCAUCUCCACCUGUUGUCAGCAGGUGGAGCCACACUGAUGUGACGUCAGAGUACUCUUUUCACAGAGUUAAAUAGACAGAAUUGAGCCUGUGUGAAACAACUGGACACAUGCAAAACACAAUCUGAAGUUUAGGUUCAUUUUAUUUAUUCUCAUUUGAUGUGUUUGGUGUUUGUUUCCUUUUAAAUUUUUAGUGGAACAUAUGAGAGAUAUCUUUAAAAACUGUCGAUAACUGUCGAUACUGUUGGGAAUGAGCUCAUCAAUUAUUUUAUCAGUUCAGUUAUUGCGACCUCCUACAUGUCACAUUGUGGAUGGCUGAAUGAACUUCUGAUGGCUGUCUGCUCUCAGCUUUAGCGCAGCCAGUGUCGUCUCAUCACAUAUUGCAGUUAUCAUGCCUGAUAGAGGGACAAGGACUCUUGUUGGCUUUCAGUUUCUAACUUCUUAGAAAUUUCUUUAACAAAAUGGAGUGAUGUGCAUUCUUACUGUCUUUGAAUUCUUUUUUUAUCUUGUGUGUUUCUGAUAGAACUUUGUAGAAAUUAGUGUUUAGCAGUCUUUGUAUCAAGUUUACCUGUGAAUAUGUCAAAAUGUCAAUACUAAAUAUCUGAUAACUUUAACUACAGGACACUUAGUCUUUAGAGCUCACAAAGAGAGACACAGUCAGAUGAAAAUGUAAUUUUUCUUGUGGGAACAUCUCCUUGUGGUUAUCAGAUGUGCUUUGUCUCAUGCUUACAUGUGAGUUUUAAUGGAGGAACUUAAACUCUCAGUCAGUUUUGUUUUCUGUAACAUGAACUUGAACUCAUGUGUUCUUGUGAUUUGCAGUUGUGAAAAUUCCUGCUCACAGCGUAAGACAGAAACUAAAAGUCGUCUUUAAUCACCACACAAUGCUGCUGCAUCUUCAGUAGAUUCACUUCUGUCAGGACAACUGUCUAAUUACUGGAGCCACGUGAGCAGACAUGCUGGUUCCACAGCUGCUCCUUGAGACUCUGGAAGAGCUGCGAGACAAUGACUUCGAAACACUCAAGUGGUACCUCUCCAUGGACAUCUUGGAGGGCUGCAAACCAAUUCCUAAGUCCCGUCUGGGUAAGGCACCCCGGACAGACACUGUGAGCAGGAUGAUAGAGAGCUACGGUGAAGAGUCGGCUGUGAGCGUCACUGUUGAGAUCCUGAGGAAGAUGAGAAACAACAACGCUGCAGAGAAAUUAAAGAACAGAUAUGCAGGGGGGAAAACAACAAAACCACCUACUGCUGCUCCUGUAGCACCUCCUGCUGCUCCUCCUGCUGCUCCGGCCACACUGUUGGAUCAGCUACUGGCACAACCACCCUGGGAGGGGGGAGUACGCAUUGUAUAGCCCCUUUUCCACUGCACAAAAAACCUGCUGAUGCUGACUAUAAUCUGGUUUUUAAUGUAAUAAGAAGGUUAUAAUCAGCAUUCACACCCGGAUCAAAUGACCCUGCUGUAAUCAUGGGUAUUUAUAGCCCCUUAACCAGCAAGAUACAAUGACGCACCACCACAAAACACUACUGGUCUCCACCCAAACAGCUCGCAACCCUUGAUCUAAAUCAGUCUGCACUCUGCACUGAGUUUGAAAGAGAGACUGAAUAAGUCAGAAAUAUAUACACAAAGAAAUAACAUUUUCAGCAGCUUCCAGUCUGCUUUCUGCAGUUUAUUUACCUUUUUUUCUGGCCUAUUCAUGAUGCUGAAACCUCCAGUUCUCAUUUCACAGAGAAAAACAGACCAACUUGUGGAACUUAUGUGAGAUAAAAACUGUUGAUAUCAAAUCAAUACAGUUUAAUAUCAAUAAAUGAGUGAACAAGAAGC